AUGGAUGAUGAUACCAAGAACAAAACUCCUCAUCUCCAAGAUGAUCACCAUCAGCUAGCUGCGGCAGAAACAGAAGAAGCAGAUGAAGCCCUUUCCCUUAGCGGGCUUAUCUUAAACUCGGAUGAAAUCGAGGUCCAAGAUCGAAGAAGAUCAUCCUUUUCUGAUCCAUCAGAGCUUUUCGAGUUCUUGAGCGACAAAAACUCCCAGAUGUCGCAUGCAGAAGAUAUCAUUUUCUGCGGUAAGCUUAUGCCAUACCAAGAAAACCCCUCUCGUCUGCCCAAUGUUCACAAUUUCCACAAGCAUCAUCAACUCACAAGACAUGAGAAACAACAAAGCUUCCAUCGUAGAAGAUCCGAGUCGUUAAGUGACCUAAAAACCAGCCUGUCCAACAGUGCUAGAAGAAACCAGCAUCAGUUCAUGAGGACUAGCCGGUCUUUAGACUACCGAAAGUUGUAUGGAAACAAGUACAAUUCCCCCUCGGCAGCGGGCGCUUUCGCCAGGGCUGAAAAAGUAGAGAUUGAGCGGAGCUCGUCGACGAGAAGUUCGAACAAAGGUUUUAAUGCAACUGGGAUGAAAGAAAAGACUGCAAGACCAAGGUGGUACAUGAUGUUUGGGCCUGUGAAGUUUCCACCGGAGAUGGCUUAUCAAGAUAUAAAGAGCCGGCAAGUGCGGCAGAGUCCCGGAAGUUUGUUUACGUCAUUGGAGUCCCGCGAGAAGGCCAUUGCCAACCGGCCGCAAGAUCGGAGAUGGUCCGGCUCUUGGGAUUUGCUUAGGGUAUUAAGCUGUAAGGGCCAUGCAAGUGUAGCUGUAACGGCGUCGUUUGGCUGCCUGCAGGCGCAGCACAGUAUUUGA